CUCGGGACUGGGAGGAACGGGAGGAGUUGGGGUGCAGAGGAGAACGGAACACGGAUCGGGCCGGUCGAUCGGUCCCAGUCGCGACGGCAGGUCGGCAGGUUUAGUGGCGCGGACCGGGGAGCGCACGGGGGACGGACCGGGACCAGCGGUGUGACUUAUCUACAAAGACUGACACCAUGAACACAAGUCCAGGCACUGUGGGCAGUGACCCUGUCAUCCUGGCCACUGCUGGUUAUGAUCACACUGUUCGCUUCUGGCAGGCACACAGUGGAAUCUGCACCCGGACCGUACAACAUCAGGACUCCCAGGUGAAUGCUUUGGAAAUCACACCGGACCGCAGUAUGAUUGCAGCAGCAGGAUACCAGCACAUCCGAAUGUACGACUUGAAUUCCAACAACCCAAACCCAGUUAUCAACUAUGACGGGGUCAGCAAAAACAUCACCUCAGUUGGGUUCCAUGAGGAUGGACGUUGGAUGUACACAGGUGGUGAGGACUGCAUGGCCCGAAUCUGGGACCUCAGAUCACGCAACCUGCAGUGCCAGAGAAUCUUCCAGGUCAAUGCUCCUAUAAACUGUGUCUGCUUGCAUCCCAAUCAGGCAGAGCUGAUUGUUGGUGAUCAGAGUGGAGCCAUUCACAUCUGGGACCUGAAAACUGACCACAACGAGCAGCUGAUCCCUGAGCCAGAUGUAUCAGUUAAUGCUGUUCACAUUGAUCCAGAUGCAAGCUACAUGGCAGCAGUCAAUAGUUCGGGUAAUUGCUAUGUGUGGAACCUGACAGGAGGCAUUGGUGAUGAUGUUACUCAACUCAUUCCCAAGACCAAAAUUCCAGCUCACAAACGCUAUGCUCUUCGCUGUAAGUUCAGCCCCGAUUCCACACUGCUUGCCACAUGCUCAGCUGACCAGACCUGUAAAAUAUGGAGGACCUCCAACUUCUCCCUAAUGACUGAGCUUAGCAUCAAGAGCAAUAACCCUGGAGAGACGUCACGGGGCUGGAUGUGGGACUGUGCAUUUUCAGGGGACUCGCAAUACAUUGUCACAGCCUCUUCAGAUAACCUUGCCCGGUUGUGGUGUGUGGAGACUGGUGAAAUUAAACGGGAGUACAGUGGGCAUCAGAAAGCAGUCGUUUGCCUGGCCUUCAAUGAUAGUGUCCUGGGAUGAAUGUCUCCAAAGGAGCCUGGUCCCUCUCUUUCCCUCUCCAUGUCCUUUCCUACUCCAAGCACAUUGAAAUGGAUUCCUGUCAGGUUGCUUUAAUGAGUCACUAUGAAAUGACAACUUUGAUCCGAGUUGCUGUGGACAUGGACCUUUCUGCAUAUUCUAUUACUGGGCUUGAUUUUGUCACUUGAGCUGCGAGAUGGUAAUUAAUGCUGCAGUUAGUUCUGACACCAGGACUUCAGAGAUGAAGAAUGCCGGUGAAUGAAAUUUUCAUGCUGUUCACUUGAACUGUGGAAAAACAACCAGCGGCUCACCCAAACUUGGACAUUCUGAAGAGGACUGUGAGCUUUGUUACAUUCAAGGGAAUUAUUAGUGCGUGCAGAUCCAUUACAGUUAGUGAAGAAGGGAGUAUCUUGAAAGGUGAGUUCAGAAUAUCUGGUGCAAUAUAUUUAACACACAUUAAUGUUGCAACUGAUAUCCUGAACUUGUGCACCAAUGGUAUAUGCUGAGGAUAUCUUGUGCAGCACGAAAGAUGUCUCAUGUGAAGCUGUUACGCAACAUUCGUACGAGUUAAGGACAUCAUCAUUAAAGAUUAUUGUCUCCAAUAUCACCUUCUGCUGCUUGUUCCCUUGGUAAAUCUGUAGAAGAGAAUGGCAAAAGCAGUAGGUCUCCUUAGUGAGCUGGUUACUUUUCGCUGCUCUUUAUUCAGGAUAACGCGAUGAAAAUGUUUUUUCCUACAUAGGCAUCUGGAGGCAGAUACUUAAUACCUAGUGCUAUGAAACAAUGCAGUUGGUGAAUGCUGAAUAAUUAAUCUGAUGCUGUGUGUCAUCAUUAAAACUGCACAGAAAUAUCUGCACCUGA